CAUUAACUUUGACAGUUGAAAAUUGUUCGUUAAGUGUUGUGCAUCGGGCAAUAUUUCUCUGGGUUUUUGGUUGCAAAGUGGUAUAGUGAAUUAAACAAAAAAGUUAUUUAUUAAAUACGAAAACUAAAAUGCAAUUAGAAAGGAAAAAGUCAUACAAAAGCCAGAUACGGACUAGAAAUAAACAUUGUUUGCAAAAAGACACGUCCAGUGAUACAAAUAAACAGUCAUCGGUACGUUGUUUAUCAUCUUCAGGCGCUCCAUUAGCCCCAACGCUCUUGUUGCCAUCCAUACUGCCGCUUGAAAAAAGUGAAAAAUCAAUGCUUCAUCAUUUAUUAUGUUGCCCGGAUGCACUUCAAUCUCGACGUAGCAAUCACAGUGCAUCCAAUCGUUCCCGUGUGCAUUCAAAAGUGCAAAGCCUUCCUAUACUCGUGUUAUCUAUAAUUGCUAUAUAUGAAUGCUUUUCUUUUGGCAUCUGUGCAGAAAUCAAAAGUAAAAGUGGUUUAUUGAGUGGAUCAUUAGAAACAUCAGGGGGCGAUCUGGUACCUAGAAUUAUCGAAAAUGUUCCUAGCGAAAGCAAGAGCAAUGCAUCUGUGGCGCAAUACUCAGAUUCAGCACAACUUAAACAUCGAAUUGCACGUGAUACCACCAUUGAUGAUCUUAAAGUUAUUGGAUUUCGUGUAGAGUCUAGCAACAAUGAAAUCGAUUAUCACGACGGAGGCGUGCCAAGUGUUCUUAAAGACGCCGAUUUCACAAUGCGAAUUUUCGGCAAAGGUAUUACACCAGAUACGGUUAUAACAUUUACUACCAUAUCCAACACGUUCGGUGGAAAAUGUCAAAUACCGGCAACAUUAUUGUACAAACCUAUAGAAGGUUCAGCGACCAACGAAUCUGCAGUCUAUCGGUUGUCACUUCCAAAACUAGACAAAGCCAUGACCAAUGGCAGCGAAAUAUUUUACUUGUGUGCUAAAAAUGAUCCGCAAAUGGACAUAGGAAUCGCUACAGAUACUAAACCAAUGGUACAUCAAGGCGGAGAUAUUUAUCUCCAAAUGCGAACAUAUGAAAAUUUGCUGCCAAUCUGGCUAUCAAUUGUCAUCAUCCUUGUUUGUUUGGGCUUCUCUUCACUAUUUUCGGGUCUCAAUUUGGGUCUGAUGUCACUUGAUCGUACUGAGUUGAAGAUCCUUUGCAACACUGGUUCGGCUCGCGAACGACAAUAUGCCAGAAUUAUUCAACCAGUCCGUGAUCAAGGAAAUUUCUUACUCUGCAGUAUUCUAUUGGGUAAUGUGUUGGUGAACUCUACAUUCACUAUUCUCUUGGAUGGAUUAACGUCGGGUCUUUUUGCUGUUAUUGUGUCCACGCUUGCAAUUGUUAUAUGUGGUGAAAUCACACCUCAGGCUGUUUGUUCUCGUCACGGUUUGGCGAUAGGUGCUAAAACAAUUGGAAUUACAAAAGUAGUAAUGGUGCUCACAUUCCCAAUGUCAUAUCCGAUUUCAAAAAUGUUAGAUUGUGCGUUGGGUGAAGAAAUCGGUAAUGUUUAUAAUCGGGAGCGUCUAAAGGAAUUGGUGAAGGUCACAACUGGUGUUAACGAUCUAGAUAAGAAUGAAGUCAAUAUUAUUUCUGGUGCACUGGAGUUGCGUAAAAAGACUGUAUCCGAUGUAAUGACACAUAUCGAUGAUGCUUUCAUGCUAUCACUUGACUCUGUUUUAGACUUUUCAACUGUGUCGGAUAUUAUGAAGUCAGGUUUCUCCCGUAUACCCGUCUACGAUGGGGAUAGGAAAAAUAUCGUUACCCUGUUGUACAUUAAAGACUUGGCAUUUGUUGAUACCGAUGAUAAUACCCCAUUACGUACGCUUUGCGAGUUCUAUCAGAAUCCUGUACAUUUCGUUUUUGAGGAUAUGACUCUGGAUCUUAUGUUUAAUCAAUUUAAAGAUGGUACGAUCGGCCAUAUUGCAUUUGUACAUCGCGUAAACAACGAGGGUGACGGCGAUCCAUUCUAUGAAACAAUCGGUCUCGUAACUCUUGAAGAUGUUAUUGAAGAGUUAAUUCAGGCUGAGAUUGUUGAUGAAACGGACGUAUACAUCGACAAUCGCACGAAGGUGCGUCGCAAUCGCAGCAAAAAGCAGGACUUCUCCGCUUUUGCUGAACGUCGUGAAAAUCAAAAAAUACGCAUUUCUCCACAACUCACACUGGCCACGUUCCAGUAUUUAAGUACAUCUGUCGAUGCCUUUAAAAAGGAAGUCGUUUCCGAAACAAUCUUGCGGCGCCUACUUAAUCAAGAUAUUAUCCAUGCCAUCAAGUGCAAGGGUAAAAGCAAAGAUGAUCCCCGUCUGUUUAUUUACCAACAAGGAAAGGCAGUGGAUUUCUUCGUACUUAUUUUAGAAGGACGUGUCGAAGUAACUGUUGGUAAAGAGAAUUUACUCUUCGAAAGUGGCGCAUUUACUUACUUUGGUACCGCAGCACUUCAACCAAAUGUUGUUGUUGACUCGCCUACUCAACAAUUACGUGGAUCUAUUCAGUCAUUGAACAUAGAUGCCAAGAUUCGCCAGACAUUUAUACCAGACUAUUCGGUUCGUGCAGUCACUGAUGUCGUCUACAUCGCUAUAAAGCGUAGCCUUUACUUAACUGCCAAGAAAGCGACACUUUUAGAAAAGACCCGCAAGAGUGGCAUUGAAAUAAACAGUGAAAUAACUGAUGAUGAAGUGGAAAAGUUAUUACACUCUGUGAACGAAGAUGAAAUAAGGGCGCGCAGCAAUCAUAAGACAUCUGUUGUAACCGGUAGUAAUACGGCUUCACCAUCAUUAAAUGACAUUUCAUUACAGAGCCAUAGCAACGCGCCGCCUCCGCACAAUUUGCACAGCAGUAGUAGUGGUGAAGUUUUGGAUGUGGGCUCUUUAAGUAGCCAAAUUACAUCAGAUCCAGUAAACGAUCAAUCCGAUCACAAUGGCGAACGCGAAAACGUCGCUACCACACCACUUUUGCCUAAGCCUAGCGAUACUGCUAACAACAAAUAACAACCAACAACAACCAACUUAACAUCCAACGCUGGUAACCCAAAAGUUUACAUGUGCAUAAGAGUAGAAAACUAGCAAAACCAUUCAACCAUCCUUGUUUUUUUGGUUCUAAGUAUCGCAACGUAUUAAAACACAGCACGCAACCGCCACGCCGUUUACCACCGUCAACAUUUUUACCACGAGCAAUAUAAUGCGUACCAUUAAUACAUACAUACAUAUUUGCAUACUUACAUGUUGAUUCGGUUAUCAGUGCCACAUCCCUAAAACAUUGUACAUAUGUAUGUAAGUGCGAUAUGUACUUAAUUACAAUGAAACAUUUACCUGCGGAUUCAGCAAUUGCAAUGGCUUAACAGUAUGGUCGUUGUCAACUACCGCAAGAUUAUUAACUCUUAUACUUGUUAUACUUAAUUAAUUUUACUAUGCACUUUACUAUGCAACUUUUGAACUUUAGCGAUUGUUCAGAUUUGUUUAGGUUUUCGCUGAACACGUCGUCACCACCCUCUACUUUUUCGUUUUUAAUACUUAGCUUAAGCAUAAAAUCUAAUGAUCAUCAUCA